AUGAUGGAGGAUAUUACACCAAGAAAACCAUGGCUUUUUGAUAUACGCUCAUCCAAGCAACUGAUCGGCCUCGCGGUCUUCUCGACCACUUUUACUGAUGGGUUUCUUUACGGGAUCAUCGUAUCCGUGCUUCCUUUUUCCCUAACGGUUCGGUCUGGAGUACCAGAGGCUGACGUUCCAUUCUGGACAUCGACCUCUUUGGCCGUAUUCGGACUUGCAAUGGUACUUGGUGCCCCGAUAGCAGGCUGGAUUGUCGGAAAAUGCGAGAGACGCCAAACACCCUUCCUGGGGGGCCUCUCUUGUGCAUUUGGUGCUACCGUCUUGUUUAUGCUUGGAGUCAAGCCAUGGGUAAUCAUCGUGGGAAGGAUUCUUCAGGGUCUAUCUGCGGGAGUUGUCUACACUGCCGGCUUAACUCUGUUGGUGGACACGAUCGAGUCGCACGAGCUAGGACCCUGGAUUGGCUUCGGACUCUCAGGCAUGAAUUUUGGGGUCCUCGUAUCACCGACUCUCGGAGGAAUUGUAUAUGAGAAUGCAGGGUUCUAUCCUGUAUUCAUCAUGGGUCUUGGCGUGGUCCUCGUCAACUUGGUCCUUAUUCUGUUUAUGAUCGACAGAAAGACUGGUGCAAAGUAUAGAGGGCAGAAUGAUUCCACCAAUUGUUCUUCGCUUACAAAAGGAAAUUCGACGAAAAGUGCCAUUGCAAAUGGAAAACGGCGACUAUCAACUGUUGAAGAUGGCGAUGCAACCCUCACGACGCCGCUCCUCUCACACUCCCGCGGGACCUCUUCUGCAGUUGCAAAAGAUCCUUCUUGGUGGACUAUUGUCGGAGGCUUCCUUCGAAACCAUCGUAUAUCGGCUGCAUUAUAUGGAUGUCUCAUCAACACGAUCUUGGUGAGCGCCAUGGACGCCGUCCUCCCGGUUUUCAUUAAGCAGACAUUCCACUGGCUUUCCGGUGCCACGGGGGCCAUGUUUUUAAAUUUAACCAUUCCAUCAUUGAUAGGUCCAUUUGUUGGAAUGAUCUCAGAUAAAUACGGCGUCCGAUUGAUAUCCGGUCUCGGUUUUACGUUGGCAGCUAUAGCAGUCACUGUCCUCGCUCUGAUACAACACGACGAUACUACAAACAAGGUUAUGGCGUGCGUACUAUUAUCUUUCGUCGGGAUAGGGCUCAAUACAUCGCUGACCCCGUUGGUUGCGGAGAUACCUCGCAUCGUGAAUGCCGUCCAAGAGGAACAACCUGAUAUAUAUGGCGAUAAAAGUGCUGUUACUGAGGCUUAUAUGCUCCUUGAUGCCGCGUUUGGCGCCGGUACUGUGCUUGGCCCAUUGCUUUCAGAGCUUGCGUUUGAUAACUUCGGAUGGACUGGAUGCACUGCCAUGCUGGGGCUUUUGACUGUGUCCGCUAUAGUUCCAGUGGUGGUCCAUUUGGCCCCAUAUCCCAAAGACCUGGAAGUCAUCUCUCGAACACUGAACACGCAUGGCUGA